UGUUCUAUAGAGGGCGGGGUAGUUAAAAAGGGGGAAAGAAAUGAUUUUGUUCAGAGACGGAACGGAAUACGGGGAAAGUACGAGUACGAGCUGCAAUUUUCCCGUUUGAGAAAAGCAUAGCAGAGACAACUCCGAACAAUUUUCCCGGCAAGAAGCCGACCAUUACUUUACGGUGCAAUUCUUUACUUGACUUCCCAUAAAAUCCCCAAUUAAGGUCUCAUUUUUCCUCCACUGCCGCCGCCGCCGCCGCCAACUACUCCAACUCCUCCGAUCAUCGUCGGAGCUCGGCAUAACUCAACAGCAGAAACAUGUACGCUUGUGCUCCCCCUUCCAACUACAUUCCUCUGAAAUUCUCUCCGGAACUCCGGACCUCAAAGAACUUCAGCUCGUUCCGUUUGACUAAGAGGGAUUUUAAGGUGUUCGCGGUUGCGAGUAUGAAUGAGGCGGCUAAUUUCAUACCAGCAGCUCCCAUUAUCCUUCCCCAAGGACCCUGGAAGGAGAUUCCUGGUGGUGUUACCGCUGCCAAUGGAUUCAAAGCUGCUGGCAUUUAUGGCGGGCUUAGAGCCAAAGGGGAGAAACCUGAUCUUGCACUUGUUACUUGUGAUGUGGAUGCCAUAGCUGCAGGGGCAUUUACUCAAAACAUGGUCGCUGCAGCACCUGUAUUGUACUGUAAAAACGUAUUAAAUUUAUCACAAACGGCACGUGCAGUGCUAAUAAAUGCUGGCCAAGCAAAUGCAGCAACAGGAAAUGCUGGUUACCAAGAUGUGAUAGAAUGUGCUGAUGCUAUUGCUAAGCUGCUCAAGAUAAAGCCACAUGAAGUUUUGAUUGAAUCAACCGGUGUAAUUGGUCAAAGAAUUAAAAAGAUUCACUUUCUCAUUGGCGUUACAUUUUGCUUUAACAUCCAGUUAUAUGGUUGGCAAAUGUGCAGGGCAGGUGCAGCAGCAGUGGCAAUCACAACGACUGACCUUGUGAGCAAGAGUGUAGCCAUUGAGUCUCAGGUGGGAGAUGCAAAUAUAAGAAUUGGGGGAAUUGCAAAAGGUUCUGGUAUGAUACAUCCAAAUAUGGCUACCAUGCUCGGUGUAAUAACAACUGAUGCCCUUGUGGAAAGUGAAGUCUGGAGAAAGAUGGUGAAGAUUGCUGUCAAUCGUAGCUUCAACCAAAUAACGGUGGAUGGAGACACCAGUACGAAUGACACAGUCAUAGCGUUGGCUAGUGGGUUAUCUGGAAAAACCCCGAUAUCUUCUCUACAUAGCCAUGAGGCAGAACAACUUCAAGCAGGCCUUGAUGCUGUGAUGCAAGGCUUGGCCAAAUCAAUAGCUUGGGAUGGAGAAGGGGCUACAUGCUUGAUUGAGGUCACAGUAGUAGGGGCAGAAAGUGAGAUGGAUGCAGCAAAGGUUGCACGUUCAGUAGCAUCUUCGUCUCUUGUCAAGGCGGCAGUAUAUGGGAGAGACCCCAACUGGGGACGAAUUGCUGCAGCUGCUGGCUAUUCAGGAAUCCCAUUUGACCAAAACAAACUCCGCAUACUGCUCGGGGACACUCUACUGAUGAACAAUGGCCAACCAUUGCCGUUUGACAGGGCUGGCGCAAGUAAUUAUCUGAAGAAGGCAGGUGAGACCCAUGGCACUGUUGCCAUCCAGAUUUCUGUUGGCAAUGGAACAGGAGGGGGGCAGGCAUGGGGCUGCGAUUUGAGCUAUGAUUAUGUCAAGAUAAACGCCGAGUACACAACCUAGGCAAAACUCCUUCAUUGUAUGCCUUCACGACAAAAUUCCUACAAAAAAAGCAACAGAUGAAAAUCUCUGCAAGGCACGCUGGAGUCUCAAUUCGCCUCGGGGAUUAUCCAGAAGGCCUGAUGAGUUUUCACAAGAUAGCAACAUUGUUGUUAGAUUACUAUUUUAGUUUGAAGGCUUGCCAUCUUCUCAACUCUAUUGACCGAUACUUGGAAUCAUUUCUUUCCAAUGGGUAACCUCUAUUUUAACUCUAGUGAUAACUGGUAAGAUAUAAAACUAAAACAAGGUCACUUUCGUUAUUUAAUCAUUGUAGAUGGUUGGAGUGGUUGCUAUGUAGUAAUCAUUCUGAUAAGGGGUUAACUACAAGCAGACAGAAUGGCAUUGUAAGCUCAGGAAGCAAUAAGCAGUUUUUGGCAUCGUUAUCAUUGUUGCCCUGAAAGGUUUAAGCAAGUGAAUUGAAGAUCUCCCUGCGUGGUUGGCAUGCUUUCAAGUUUAUAGCAACUAAUCCCAUAGACUGAAGAACAACCUCAUAAGUCACAAGUCAAGAAGCAACUAAA